UAUAAACAAAACUAUAUAUGCUUGUAUAUACGAUAUAAGGUUUGCAUUAAAUUAUAUAAUAUAUGCAACAUGACAAUUCUAAUUUAUUUUCAACUGCUCGUGAUUUCUAUGCCAUUUCUUACCCCCGUGAUUUAUGGCCACAGGCAAAAUUGCCAGUAUCCACCCAGAGGAAACUACAUACAAUGGGAAAAGCUCGAAGGCAAAACGUUCUAUAAAUCUAUGAAUGGUGGUGAUGCAAUAUCUGCCGAUGUAGCUUGUGUGAAACUACAUAACUUUACUAAAGUAGAAGAUGGUGUCGAGGCGACGUUUGAAAAGUAUCUAUUCAGAUCACCUGACAAGUCCGAUGUUGUACCAAUACAUGCACGAAAAGUUAGACGUGGUUUUUACAUGCUUGAUGAGAGCACAGACUCAGCAAUGAUGCGUGGUAUAGUGAAAACAGAUGGCCCGAUAAACGAAAAAGCUGUGCGCGAAUAUAUCGAGGUGAUGUCCGCCGAUCCGCAAUUUUAUGUGACUGAUUAUAAGAAUUACUUCAUCGUUGUUCGAUGCUCUGAAGAAGGUCGAUGGUACGUGAAACCCUUCACUGAAAGCCCAGUACCUACUGCAGAAGAUGUUCUUCGUAUAUGGAGAGCUUUAUACAAGAAUGGAAUAGAUCAACCACUUUUCAUGUCACACUGCUCUAAUGUUCUUUAGGAUAUUGCUGCCGUCCAAACUUGCUUCUAGAGCAAUUUUAAAGCAGACAUAAUUAUAUCACUACAUAAAUAACUAUAUAUAUAUAUGUGGACAGAAAUGUAUUCAAAUCUGCGUUGUGUAUAGGAAUAUACAAUAUAUAUAGAACCAUAUGAAUGACUUUGUAUUCGAAAUAGACAUUUGCCCCAAUAAUCGCAGAAGUUAUAAAAUAGGAGAUAUCCGUUAUAUCUACACCCUUGUCAGCAUACCUAAAAAUAUCUAUUGGACUAGGUUGACUUUUAGUCAAAUAAUAUGCAGGUCAAUGCUGGUACAAAUAGAUUAUACGGAAUCUUAGCCAAUUGGCAAAAAGCAAUAUAUAUUAUUACACUAGUAGUGUUCAAAUCAGCCAUUCAUCUUUGCUAUUGAAAUGCAUUCUUUCAUAAGCCUA